ACUGUGGCGGAAUCGUAAUAAUCACGGAACCAAGGGGUAUUAUCGUCACACAAGCUAUCCCCGCCAUAUAACCGGGGAGCUCACGGGGCAGUUGUGGCUUUUCGCUGUAACAAAGGACUCAGAAUCAGAAUCAGGCUACGAAUAAAGGUUUUUGAGAUCGAUUUUGGGGAUUUUGAGGUGGAUUGUGAUGGAGAGGUCGUUAAUGGAGGCGAUGAUGGGGACUCAAGGAGGAGGAGGGGAUUCGAUUCUCGCUUCAGUGAAAUUUGCGGUUUUGCCAAUUGCGAAGGUUUUCGCAAUGUGUUUCAUGGGGUUUUUGAUGGCUUCGAAGUAUGUUAAUAUUUUGCCGGCCAAUGGGAGGAAGCUGUUGAAUGGGCUUGUAUUUUCCCUUCUCCUUCCCUGUCUGAUUUUCUCUCAACUUGGACGAGCAAUCACUGUGCAGAAAUUGCUAGAAUGGUGGUAUAUUCCAGUCAAUGUUGUAAUGGGUACAAUAUCAGGUUCAUUAGUUGGACUUCUCGUUGCGUUAGUUGUGCGCCCUCCACAUCCAUACUUCAAAUUCACCAUUAUACAUAUUGGAAUUGGUAAUAUCGGAAAUAUACCUUUGGUCUUAAUUGCAGCUCUAUGUCGAGAUGAAUCCAACCCAUUCGGUGAUUCGGAUAAAUGUAGCCAAGAUGGGAAUGCUUAUAUUUCAUUUGGUCAAUGGGUUGGUGCAAUCAUUCUAUAUACUUAUGUCUUUCAAAUGCUCUCCCCCCCACCUGGAGAAACCUUUGAUGGUAUUGAUGAGGAGAAACUUCCAACUAAGGCACCUCUUGAUAAUAGUACUCAUAAGCGACUCCCGUCUAAGGUCCCAGUGAAACAUACUGCACCUGAACAAGUGCCUUUGCUGAAGCCAGAAGUGUCUGAAGUCAUUGGGCUAGAAUCUUCGAAAAGUGGAAAAAUAAUUGAUCGGUUAUACUACCUUAUUGAGAAAUUGAAGAUAAAGCAAAUAAUGCAGCCCCCUAUUGUGGCAUCUAUUCUGGGUAUUGUAAUUGGUGUUGUGCCCUUCUUGAAGCACCUGAUCCUUACUGACGAUGCCCCAUUGUUCUUUUUUACAGAUAGCUGCCUAAUUCUCGGGGAAGCCAUGAUUCCGUGCAUUUUGCUGGCUUUGGGUGGUAAUCUGGUUGACGGUCCUGGAGCAGGAAGCAAAAAGCUUGGAUUUCGAACAACCGCGGCAAUUAUUUUUGGUCGAUUAGUCUUAGUUCCUCCUGCAGGGCUUGGCAUCGUCACUUUAGCUGAGAAACUUGGCUUCCUUCCUGUUGGUGAUAAAAUGUUUAAGUUUGUACUGCUGCUCCAGCAUUCAAUGCCAACUUCUGUUCUCUCUGGUGCUGUCGCAAAUCUUAGAGGAUGUGGCAAGGAAUCAGCUGCUGUUCUGUUUUGGGUUCACAUAUUUGCAGUCUUUUCUAUGUCUGCUUGGAUUAUUCUAUACAUUCGCAUUCUUUUCUGAGCACUCACUUUUAUCGAAAUCUAGUAAAGUGUCAGAAUUGGUAUCGUGCAGGUGGAGGCUACAAACAAAAUGUUUGUGAUGCUUGCUUCAAUUAAUUACAUGAUAUACUGAUGCAAGCAUUCUAUAUUCCUAUUAUACGUUGGAACUCGGUGUACGUAGAGGAUCAUCCGGUUGUGUCCAGUGAAGAGGGAAUCCCGUUGGAGGAUCCAAUUCGGAUGAGCAAAUGCUGAAGAUGUUACUCGGAAGAAAAUCCAUUUCUUCUGAUGUAACGUAUGAUUUUGGUUACUUAUUUGGAUUAUAUUAGGUUGCAAUGUUUUAGAUCACGUAGGCUUGUGUUCUUAUUCCUGUAUAUGAAGAAAGAGAAAAUAGGUAGACCAGGGUCAUGGAGACUUCGUAUUUAGGGUAUUUCUUUCAGGUGCUGUAUACAAGUUCCUCGCCAGUAAGAUAUUUGGUCAAGCAAUUGCUAUGUAUAUUGUGCAUUCUGCAGUUUGAAAACAUCAGUGCCUCGCAUUUCAUUGCACGCGUACUACGAUCGGCAUGUUUUAAUAGUUUGGUAUAGUUGGAGAUGUACCUCGAAACUCUUGCUUAUUUUUAUCAUCCUAAAUAUUUGUUUUUA